UAAAGAAAGGAAGUAAUUUAUUUUAAUCGAUAUAAAUUCCAUGAGAGGAAAUUCAAUUAAAAUUAAGUCAAGAUUCGAUAUCCUUUAUCGAUAAUAAAUUAUUAUUAAUACUUAAAUUUCGAUGUAAUUAAGACGACAUUUCAAAUCCAAAAAUGAAUUGUUUAAUUACAUUUGCAAUGGUUUUCUCCAUUAUUAUAGUGGAUACUUAUGAAAAAAGUUUCGGACUCAAGCAAUCGAAAAAAUCACCUAUGACAGAGAAGAGAACCGUAGAAGAUGUAGCAGAUGCACAGAAUUUUGAAAUAGAUUCUACACCACCGUGUCCGGUGAUUGAAUGUGUGAUAGUGACCGAUAGUUUCAUUUCUAUAUAUUUUAGCGAAGAAGAAAUAAGACCAUAUCUAAAUAAGAUAAUUCGUAUUGAAAGGUAUCUCGAUGAAUUAGAACUAAAUCUAACACUUCGUUUGAUUGGACGUAUCUCGUACACAAGCGAAACUGAACCGAAUUACAUUAAAGAAAGUCUCUAUUCGCCCGAUAUCAUCGCUGGUAGUGUCCUUUCUAAAAUGAUUGAGAUUGAAGACAGUCCUGUUGUAUCAAGACCCGAUAUUAUUGUUCUUCUAACUGGGUAAGAAUGAAUUAUGACAAUCGCAGAACAUAGCAUCUUUACAGACUAUGCGGUUGAUACCUUUAUCCACGAACUUGGACACCUGUAAGUAAUUCCAUUAAAUAGUUUUAAAUUCAAAUGACAUUUUUAAAUAGAUAAAUGAUAUUGUAGAAUCAAUAUUGGUCACGAUUCGGAAGCUAAAAAUUGCUCACCCGUCUUGCUUCCUGGAAAAAAUCAUUAAUGUUAUUGCGCUAAGAAAGGCGUAACAG